ACCGAGACCCUUCCCGCGAAGACCCUCGCAGGAGUUGCCCCCUGGCUCGCCUCCCUCGCCUCGCCUGCCUCGCCUCAUCUCGUCUCCCUCGCCUCCCGCUGUCCUCCGCCGGUGGCCCAGGAGGGAGGAGGGGGGAGGAGGGCGGGCGCCGCGGCACCUCCCCUGCGCGCCAGCGCGCCGGCGGCACGCCCACGCUCCGCGGCGGCCGCCGAGGCCAUGUCCCCGGAGUGCGAGUCGCAUUGCGUCGACGGCCAGGUCGAGCGCCAGCGCGCGGGCGACGCCCAGCAGGCGGAUGACGGCGAGGAGGAUGAGGACCACGAGGGCUACGCAUCCGAACCCGGGUCCGCGGCCGGGUUCAUGGAGUCAGGCAACGAGACCGACCCCAUCGAGCGUUACAAUCGCGUCAUGCGUUGGCAGAAGCGCCUCCGCAGCAUACAGCAGAGGCUGCACCAGGCGAGGGCCACCGCCGCGGGCUUCGGCGACGGUGCCCACGACCAGCCACAAGGUGGCAUGCGGGGCCCCAGGAGGCGCAUCGGCAGCAUGGCCAUGCAGCUCCGCGAGGGCCCCAAAAAGGUGGUCGGCACCGUGCAGCAGAACCUGCAGCAGCAGAGGCUGAACCUGCAGCAGCGGCAGCACAGCCUGCAGCAGCAGUAUCAGAGGCAGAUGCAGGAGCUCAAGGGCCGCCUCGACCAGGGCCUGUCGAAGGCGCGGUCCUCGAGGGCCAGGCAGCAACGCCACAUGGUGUGUUUCGUCUGCUCGAUGGCCGACCUUGUGGUCACGUCGGUCUGGUUUGGCGCGUCGCCCUGGACUCUCCACUGGUACUAUUCGGUCAAGCUGUCGGCGCUUAUCGUCGCCCGGGCCAUGUGGUACAGCUGGCACGGGUUGCACUAUUUCAUGUUCGACCUUUGUUAUUUCAGCAACCUCUUCCUGCUGGUCUACAUCUGGUUCCUGCCGAACCUCGAGGUGCUCUUCGAGGCCGCGUUCGGGCUGAGCGGCGUCCUGCUCAUUUCCGUCGUCUUGUUCCGCAACUCCUUCGUGCCGCACUCCAUGGACCGCAUCACGUCCUUCAACGUCCACCUCGGCCCAGCGCUGCAGCUUUUCGUCCUCCGCUGGUACUCGAGUGGGCGGCCGGUGUGGUGGUACAAGGACAGGUGUCCGGGCGACGGGCUGCUCCCAGAGGAGGCGCGCAGCUGGCUCGGGCUCGCUGGCGAGCCAUGCGUGUUCAGGAUGCCCGACUCGUACUCCGUGGUCCCCGCGCUUUGCGUGUACGCGGUGUUCAUCGCUGGCUAUUGCCUGAACCAGUUCUGCUGGAACCGCAAGGUCAUCGAGAAGAAGGGCUACGCCACGCUGUAUCACCACAUGGCCCGCGACAUGGGCAUCAUCAACCGCUUGCCCGCGAGGCUGCAGGGCAAAGAGUGGCGCGAUGGCCUUGUCGUCUGA